UCUAAGGAACACGCACACAUAUAACGAGGAAAAGGUAUCCAAGAGCCCGAAGAGGUACACCUAAAAAUCCCUGCAGCACCGUAUGCGUGCCCAAAAACUGAACUGCACGUCCGUCCCACCAUUCGACUACAGUAGCAUCACCCCCUCCCUGUCCCACUCUAUACCAAAACGGAAGAUUGCCGACUACAGCAUACUGCUGUCUGAAGUGCUGUCUGUACACAAACACCAUGGUAGGCAUUAA